AGGAAAAGUAACAAGAUGACUCGGGCACCUGAAUCGGUUACACCGCUUCGAGAAAGCUAACGAGAACCGUUUUACGAACCUGGAUGAAUCGUAGUCCAUGUUCUUGGUUGACGCGCCAUGUUUGCAUAUGCUGCCUACCAAACGCUCAUUCCACACUUAUAAAACACCCGAUAAUCCUAUUUGAGAACAACCCCGGCUUGGGUACACAUCAAGAGCUAUAGAACAGGAUGGCCGACAACAACUUAUCACCGGAGCUCAAUCUCGAGCAGAUUCUGGCGACGUUGGCAAGCCUGCCUCAGACUACAACCCCUCCGGUGCCGUUUGAACAGCAAAUCCACCCCCAAGGUCUUUUCGACGCCCAGUCAACUGGCACUCCCGCGUCGCAUUAUCCAUCGCAGACGCGCAUUCUGUACGAGCAGUCUCAAGACCCUCGUCUCAACGCCCGCCCACAGACCACCCUCUCCAACCGCCAAGCACCUCCCAAUAGCCGGACGACACCAUCGCCCAUCGAUCCAGCAACAAUCACAGAAUGGAAGCACGGCCUCCGCUGCGUCAACAAGAUCGCGACUCAAAACCCAGCUUUCGUGCCGGCCGUCCAAAAGCUCAUAGCUGACCAAGCGCGCAACGUCAAAGACUGGGAGUCUGGUCGCCAGCGCCUCAUCGAGGAACAGGCCGUCAAGCGCGAGAAUGAACAGACGCACCUCGCUGUUUUGUCUUUGCCUGGUAUGAGUGACAAAAUUGCGCCGCUGCGGACGGUUGAGGUUGAGAAGGAGGAGCUGGAGAUGUAUGGGAACAAGGUGUAUAGGGCGGCCCAGAGGAUGGUGGAGUUGCAGUUCAAGGAUCUUAAAGGCUUGGGUGUACCGUUCUUUGGGUUGAGGUCGGAGUUCUUGCGUUCCGAUGGGAGCGAUGAAGGCGACGAGAGCGGGAAGAAGGUUACGAAGGGAGAGUUGCUGGAGUUGCAGAGGAAGAUGCUGAAUCACCUGAUGGAGUUGUAUGGGGAUUAGAUCGGAUCGGGUAUGUGUUGCCCUCUUCUUCGAAUCAUCUGUGCCUUUUGUACACAUCUCUGUGUGAGGCCUUUGGCAGUGUCGACUUCUCCAUUAGUUCUUUUGAGAUUUGUAUGUCUGUACAAAUGAUAAGCUGAAGAU